AUUUGCUUCUCAUUCCACCCGACUCAUGCACUACGCGACACUACUGAGCUACUUGCAUACACCCCUCAUGAUGACUGCAGAUUGACGUUCGCUCUUCUUGGAGAUGAUGGUUGGAUGACGGGACCCAAUCAUCGGCUCUUGUUCUGGGUACCACCCACUUCUCGAAGCCCAUUUUAUAAUCCUUGGACUGCAUUUGUGAUACCCAGAGGUGUUGAACUUGAUUUGAGUCGCAUGGCACAUGGGACACGCUGGCAGCACUGCUAUGAAG